UAUUCAUCAACCUCCGUGGCUGGUCGAUCCUUGACUUUGCGACCACGCCAACACUGAGAUCAGAUUUUACUUCUCUCCUCUAUACAGGCUGCACUCAGGGCGCCUUGGUCUGCCCAUCAUGUCUGAAGCACCGCGUCCGUCGCUCAAGCUCACCAUGGGCAAGAAGAAGGCACCUAAACCGGCCGCGGAGAAUGAAUCGACACCCCAAGGGGAACCUUCCUCUGAACCACCUCAGCCAAAGCUCAAACUGAAGAUCGGUCGCAAACCUACGGGCGAUGAAACUGAAGAAAAGUCGAAGAAGAAGAAAACUGUCAAGGCGGAGGGCGCAGCUUCCAAGAAGCGACGCGAACAGCACGAGGACGAAGAAGAUGCUGGCGGUGCUGGCGACGCUGAGAAGCCCGGUCCCAAACGAAUCAAGCUUAUUCCAUCGAAGAGACCCGGUGUACAGUCUAUCAGAAUCAAAAAUAAGGGCUUGGUACCGAACCGGCCGCCCGGAGUUGGCUACGAUUCGGAAGCUUCCGACACAGAAAUCGACCCUACUUUAGAGGAGCAGUUUAUACUACGGAUGUUACCUGGAGAGGACUGUGAAUAUCUACGUCAAGCAAUCAACGAGAGACGCUUUGAUCGGGCUGAGUUUUCUUUCAAACCUCUGACCCGCGAAGGGCGGCGUGCAAUUCUCCGAAUCCGCGACAAGCAGUACGCUGCUACGCUUGUGGAUCUACCGUGUAUCAUCGAAGGAAUGAAAAGCUGGGACAAGCGUGGGUGGUACAAAUCUGCGGAUAUCUGUCAGAUGUUACUGGUCCUUGGGCCCGUAAGCAACGAAAAAGAGGCCCUGGAGUACCCGUUGCCAAAGGAUGUGGGUGUGGUAGAUGAGAGGACAUAUCAGUAUCCUCAUGGUCUGACUCCUCCAUUAAAAUGGGUGCGAAAACGUCGCUUCCGUGAACGUAUUAGCACGCGUACUAUCGAACAGGUUGAGAAAGAGGUAGCUGAUCUGAUCGCCAAAGACGAGGCUUCUCUCGGACCACCUAGAUUUGAGUUGCUUGACACUACCUCUCUCAACCGGGCGGAGAACGGAGUGCAGAGUGGCGAUUACUACGACGAAUACUAUGACGACGAGCAGGAUGCGGAAGGGGAAGCAGAAGAAUACGCACACGCUGAAGCCGACUUCGAAGAUGACCUUGCGGCCGAGAUGGAAGCCGCGCUGGCCGCGGGAGCUGACGAAGAGGUUGUCACAGCAAAACCAGGAGCGGAUGGCAUUCAUCAUGCAGGAACGCCAUCUGCAACGAAGCCUUCGUCGCCUGCAGAUACUUCUGGAGACGAGUCUGAGAGCGAAGCCGAAGGUGAUGAAGGUCCCGAUGAAGAUCUUGACGAAGAACAAUUAGAGCAACAGAGACAACUUCAACUCAAACGGGAGGAGAUUGCAGAGCUGGAAGCGCUCAUCAAGGCGGAAACCGAAAAGUGGGAGAAAAUCCAGAACCCUAUCCUUAGAAACAAGGUAGGAAAGCGUAUUCACAGCCUGAAGCAAGACUUGGCUCUGAAGAAAGUCUCUAUUGGUGAAGGCGAGGACAUGGACACUUGAGAUUGCAUUUGAUACCCUUUAUUCGUUUUGACGUUAUAUUAUCAUGACAUGAGCCUUGUAUAUUACACUAGUUCUACACAGUCGUAUAA